AUGAAUAUAGACUUUGAUUAUCAAGCUUUCAGAAAAAGUUUAAGAAAAGAAUUCAAAAAAGCUGUAAAGGCUAUUCUAAAUUUACAAGAAUAUGAUGGCGAUUUAAUAAGAGACUUUUUGGCUCUUUAUAUUCCAUACCAUGUCGUUUUUUAUAAUCUUGCAGUUAUGAAAAAAGGAUCAUCAUUAAGAAUUCAAACUAAUCGUCUUCUGAAAGAAGCGCUGAGCAAAAUUUCAAACUUCAAUCUUGCAAUGGGUCCAAAACAUAUCAUCAAGAUAAUGAAGAAAGGUAAGGUCGACCCAGAGACGGUGAAUAAACUAAAACUGGUGCUAUACAUAAAGUUAUUCCAAGGAGUAUUUGGUCAUGUAGAUAAAAAUUAUAACCUCGCAUUUCAAUCGUUUCGCUGGUGUUUACAGUACAUUGCGUACUCAAAAAGGACAAGACUAUUCGCAAGUAUCGCAGACGUGCAAAUUCGGAAUUUUUAUGAACUUUGCGGAUUAUUUGUACCCCUAUUGUGCUGCCACUGUUUCCUGGUUGAUUUGAAGGAAAAUGAAACAUUGGUGGGCGAUAAUUUAAAAAAUUUUAUCAAAAGACAAAAUCCCAAUUAUUCCCACGGCCUCGAUUUAAAUGAGGAGAAAAAAUCACUUCAGUGGCAUUGGUCACUGGACGAGAUAGACGUUAUCGAUGCGUUAUACUACGCUGCUUUCGACGCGAUGGAUAAGUUUACGCUUAAAUUUUCAAAGGUCAAUGAGAAUUUUGUUUUGAGCCAGUUUUUUGAAUAUUGCGCAGAAAUUGAGGAAAUGUUAGCAAUUUUGAGAAGCGAAAUCUGGGAGUGUGAAUGUGAUGUGUUCGGUCCCAGAAUUGGAUUGUUAGUAGACAUUGACCAUAUGAAUGAAACAAUUCAGAAAAAUAUUCUGUCAAUAACUUUCAAACUUAAAAAUGAUCCUCAAAUUAUAAGUUGCCUGAAUAAAGUUCUAGAAGGCUUAUUACUUUCAUCAGGUGUUAAAUUCAAAGUCAUCCAAUUUUUCUAUGUAUUAAAACUAUACUAUAUGCAAAAUGAUGAAUACUCAUUCGAAACAUCAUCUGAAAUGGAUAAAUUAACCAUAGAAUGCUUGUCUAUCAUCGAAAAUCUUAUCGAUGCUUGUGAUAAUCCGGAUGAAGUGACUGACUUCCAACUACCGAAGGUACUCUUGACCGCUAUGCAGGGAAAAUUACUUGUUGCUGAAAAAAUAUCUGAAGAUAAUGACGGUUCAGAAUCUCCCGAUAAUUAUCAUCCCCGAACUUAUCAAUUCAAACAUCCCAGGAUAAUAAUAGACAAAAUGAAAUCAAAAUUAAAGCAGAAACUGCGCCUUGACUCAUCUAAAGAUCCGGAAACUGAUGAUUAUUGGAUUGAGUAUUGGAAAUAUUGCUAUCAGGAUAACAUAGGGAAUUUGCCAAAUAUUUUGUCACGUGUAUAUGAGACCUUUAUCGAUCCCUCCGAUUGA